UAAUAAUAAAAUGCCUCAUUGUUUACCUCGCUGCAAAAACACCUUUGCUAAAUUUCAAUUAUUGUAAUAAAAAUUGUUAAUAAAUCUCAUAGAAUCAUGACUGCUGUUCCGCCUCCUUCUAACAUCUCCACACUGAUGCCUCUGGAAUUGGUGGACAAAUGCAUUGGUUCCCGCAUCCACAUAAUUAUGAAAAACGACAAGGAGAUGGUGGGCACCCUCCUAGGAUUCGAUGACUUCGUAAAUAUGCUUCUGGACGAUGUUACGGAGUACGAGAAUACGCCUGAUGGUCGCCGCAUAACCAAACUGGAUCAGAUUCUGCUAAACGGCAACAACAUCACAAUGUUGGUGCCCGGUGGCGAGUUAGCGGAAUAGUCAAGGUUCCAUUUGUAAUAAAUACAUUUGUAAAAUAACAAAA